UCUUGUUGUUGCUCCCUGAGGAGAGAGAGAGGGGGGAAACCUUACAGAAACACCGCUAAACUCAAACAGAAAACCUUGUUAACAUUCCCCCAAAGCGUCGGGCCGUCGACAUGGCUCUACAAGGCCCGGAGGAGCUGGGGGAGCAGGUGGAGGAGCCGGAGGAGCUGGAGGACGCUAGUAGCAUCUCUCCGGCCGAGGAGAUAACGCUGCCCGCCGGGCCCGGAGGAGACGAGGAGCCGCCGGAGGAGGAGGCUCUGCUGCUGCCCUGGGACCGCUUCUCCGCCUGGCUGCAUUGCAUCUGUGUGGUGGGCUUCGACCUGGAGCUGGGGCAGGCGGUGGAGGUUAUUUAUCCUCAUCAUUCCAAACUAUCGGAGAAAGAGAAAACAAGCAUCUGCUACCUUUCCUUUCCUGACUCCAACUCAGGUUGUCUUGGCGACACCCAGUUCUGCUUCCGCUUUCGUCAGGGCUCCAACAGGAAGUCGUCGCUCGGCUGCUUCCUGGAAACCACCGACCGGGAUGCACCGCCCUGUCUGAAGAGGGAACAGGGCCAUUACUACGGCUACGUGUAUUUCCGUCAGGUGCGAGACAAAUCUCUGAAGAGAGGAUACUUCCAGAAGUCGCUGGUCCUGAUCAGCAAGCUGCCCUAUGUGACCUUCUUCCACUCUCUGCUGAAGAUCAUGGCUCCAGAGUACUUUGAGAAACAGGAGCCGUGUUUGGAGGCCGCUUGUAAUGACAUAGACCGGUGGCCGACGCCCCAUCCUGGAAGAAUCCUCACGCUGCCUAUUAUGGGCGUGGUUAUUAAGGUCCGCAUUCCUACCUGUUACGACAAACCAGGAACUUCACAACUAGUCCAGUCUGCCCAGAGUGACAGUCUGGUGUCCAUCGUGCUCCCAACCAUCCAUGAAGUCGACCUCUUCAGGUGUUUUUACCCGGUCUUCUUCCACAUCCAGAUGCUGUGGGAGUUGGUGUUGCUGGGGGAGGCGCUCGUCGUCAUGGCGCCGUCGCCAGCUGAGUCAUCAGACACCGUGCUGGCGCUGGUCAGCUGCAUCUCUCCUCUGCGUUACUCCAGCGACUUCCGGCCGUACUUCACCAUCCACGACAGCGAGUUUAAGGAGUACACCACCAGGACGCAGGCACCGCCUUCGGUCAUUCUGGGAGUGACCAAUCCAUUCUUUGCUAAAACGCUGCAGCACUGGCCGCACAUCAUCCGCAUUGGAGAUAUGAAGCAAGCAGGAGAGAUGGCCAAGCAGAUGAAAGUCAAGAAACUGAAAAACCUCAAAACUCUGGACUCUAAACCUGGUGUGUACACUGCAUACAAGCCAUAUCUUAACAAAGAUGAGGAAAUAAUUAAACAGCUUCAGAAGGGUGUUCAACAGAAGAGACCCUCUGCGGCCCAAAAUGCAAUUAUUCGACGCUACUUCCUAGAACUGACACAGAGCUUCAUCAUUCCUCUGGAGCGGUACGUUGCCAGUCUGAUGCCUCUCCAGAAGUCCAUCAGUCCCUGGAAGAAUCCUCCUCAGCUGAGACCGUUUAUCCAGCAGGACUUCAUGAAGACGCUGGAGAAGGCCGGACCUCAGCUCACAUCCAGACUGAAGGGAGACUGGAUAGGACUCUACAGGAAUUUCCUCAAGUCUCCCAACUUUGACGGCUGGUUCCGCAACAGGAGGAGAGAGAUGACCCAGAAACUGGAGGCUCUGCACCUGGAGGCUUUGUGUGAGGAGGAUCUGCAGCAGAGGAUCCAGCAGCACACGGAGGUGGAGUCAGUUGAUCUGGUUCUGAAGUUAAAAGAUAAACUGACUCAGGCGGAGAAGGAGCAGCUCCCGGUGCGUCCAGGGACUCUGGCCAAACUGAAAUCCCACAUCGAGGCCGUCAUCCUGGCUUUACCGGACGACUUACAGGGGAUCCUCCACAAACCCUCCACACCCUGAACUGUAACCUGAUCAGUCUGCAACCCUGAAACCCCAGAUGGAGCUUGGGUAAAAGUUUGGGGGGGGGGCUCUUGAGUGGAAGGACCCCCCCAGUUUACUCAGACUGGGUCCCAUGAUGAGUUUAAGGGUCUUAAUCCGAUCUAACAUGGAAAGCACACGGCACAUUUUUUUUUGUUUUCUCUAAAUAUACAUCGAACUUCUGUUAUAUUCACUUUUUCUUCUAAACUGCUGCUGAGGCAGUUCAGUCGGAUUAAGAUCAAACGCGUCGCUCAGGUCUAAGUGGUCAUGAUGUGGUAUCGGAACGACCAGGCUGGAGCUACCUGACAUGAACUCCUCCGAGGGUUUUUUUUUUGUUGAUGUUUUUGUUUGAUUACGGAGACUCAAACAAGUACAGAGAGGAGCUUUUGAUGCAUUUUAAUUCAUCAGAACUUUGCUCCUUUAGCACACGGCACAUUAAGAAAGGUUCAUCUGAGCCUUCGGUGGCCUGAGUGCAGAAAGAUUUGUCAUCACGAUGGAAAUGAGAGCAGGAAGAUGACGCCCCCCCAGCUGACCUUUGACCCCUGGCAUUUUUUCCUAUUGACGUUUUUUAAUUUUUACUUUUUUAACUUGACGAUGGACUGCUGCAGUCAGGCUGAGCUGACUCCAGAGUUUUUCAUCCAUUUUUAAAAAGAUGUUUUUAAUAGAAGUGCACUUCUUCAUCGCUAACUGGACCAGUGUGCCCUUCUCACACACACACACACACACACACACACACACACACACACACACACACACACACACAAAGAGAGACACACAAAGAGACACACACACUUUUAUGCAAACACACUGAAAUGAGCAGAGCCAAGC